UGAGAGCCUCCCUUUAGCCAUAUACUUUCAUCUCACAGAGGCUAGGGAAGAGGACCAUAUACCAAGAGUCAGAAAAAGGAAGCCUGCUGAGUCAUCUGUAAGCCUUCGGCAUUGCCCAAGCUGAUGGUGAUACCACCAUGCUUAAACUUCUACGGUGGGCAUCUGCAUUCUUUCUAAGGAGGAACAUGUCUGAAGAAACAUCACAGGAACAGCCUCUAGAUAACUCCAAGUUUAAGUCCGUUCAGGGUGUUGUAACCUCUCUGUGUAUGGACUACGGCUGGAUUAAUGAAACCAUCCUCUUCAAUAUGGACGUAAUCAGUGACAACACACCUCUGCAAAUCGGGACAAAUGUCCUUGCACUUGUGGGAGAAAACCAAAGAACUCAUAUCCCGAAAGCAAUCAAGGUGAAAGCUAUGAAUGAUCUUCCUGAAGGCAGUGAACCAUCAAAACUUGGCAGAAAACUUUGCAUUAGCUGUGUCACCUCAGUAACUGAAGAAGAUGUGUACAUAAGCAAAGAAAAGUGCUUCCCAUUGUACAUGUUUUCAGGAGCAUUUAAGCCUUUCAAAGGAGACUUACUGCUUGUUGAGUAUUCCACCAAUCCAGGAACGUCAAAGAUCAAUAUCCACUCUGUGAGCCCCCUAAACACUCAAUAUAUGGAAGAGGUUUAUGUUACUAGCAUUGAUGGAAGAAAUGGCAUGGUGGAAUCCAGCAUAUUUUUUACCCUUGAUUCUCUCCAUAUGCCUUCUGGGUAUACACCCAGAUUAAACAACAUAGUGGACGUGGUCACUGUGGAAAGUAUACAACCACAAUGUUCAUGGAGAGCUGUGUCAAUGACCCCGGUGGAAACUGAGAAUUAAGGAGACCUUGUAAUUCAUUUCGACCUUAUGUCUAAGG